AUGCUCCCACGGUCAGCUUGCCGCGCCCUGCGCACUCGCCCGGCGCUGCUGGCCUCGAGGCCGCACACGACGCGCAUUGUCUCGGCGACGACGACGACGAGGACAUCACAAUGGCAUGCUGUACGCAGCUACGCCAAAAAGAGCAGUCCGCCGCCCAAGGACAAUACCUGGAAGCCAACAGAGCCGAUCAAAUUCGAAGAAUCAAACAAGGAGAACCCACUGCCCGUCCACCCGUCAGAGCAGCCCGAGUUCGAUGCAGCAGCCACACCAGCGCGCAACACAACACCCAUACAGCCCACGACGACGCGCCCAACAGGGAGCGCCACACAAGCCUCGACAGGUGCGGGCAACGAUAGCAAGGUGGACAGGGCCAGUGAGCAAGAUGAGUUCUCUGGACCCAAGUCACCUAGCGACAACACGGCCGCCCACACCACCGACGAAGCACCCCCACAGGCGCAGAAGCCGCUGCCAGACCUACGACAGGGCAUUCCCUCAACCUUCGCCGCCGAGUUCGCCGACGCCGAAGCAAACGCAAAACGAGAUGCUCGCGAAGCCAACGAGCUUCCCGAUAAGCAGCAGUCUGCCGAGGGCGCUUCAAGUGGUCGGGGAGGCGUCGGCGGCGGCGGCGAGCUACCCAAGUCUGCAUACGAGACCAGCACCGACAGGCGGCGGAACCGCGUCGCCAAUCUGGGCUAUCUCGCCAUUCUGCUCUUUGGAACCACGGGCGCUGUCUUCAUGGGCCGCAAUUGGGAGACGGAGGAAGAGGAACUGGCCCACGCAGACGCACCCAAUGGCUGGUCGCUAGGUCGCAUGUACGCCCGCGCUGUAGCCCGCAUCAACGGACAAAAGGCCUACUACACCGAGCCGACCUUUCAGAAGCUGCUGCCCGACAAGGACAAGAUACCCGGAGGCGCACCUGAGCUGACACUUGUUUUGAGUCUCGAGGACUUGCUGCUGCAUUCGGAAUGGAGCACCAAACACGGCUACCGCCUGGCAAAGCGCCCUGGUCUCGACUACUUCCUGCGCUACCUCAGCUCACAGUACGAGCUCGUCAUCUUCACCACGGUCAAGUCCAUGGACGGCGACCCCAUCAUCCGCAAACUCGAUCCUUUCCGGCUAGUCAUGUGGCCCUUGUUCCGCGAGGCAACCCGCUUCGAAAAGGGCGAGUACAUCAAGGACCUCUCGUACCUCAACCGCGACCUCUCCAAAGUCAUCAUGAUCGACACCGACCCAUCCCAUGUCAAGCUGCAGCCCGAGAAUGCAAUCAUACUGCCCAAAUGGAAGGGCGAACCCGGUGACAAGGGCCUCGUGGCUUUGAUCCCCUUCCUCGAGUACCUCGCCAUGAUGUCACAGACCGGCCAACCCAUCGAUGUACGACAAGUCUUGAAAUCCAUGCAAGGCAAAGACAUCCCAGUGGAAUAUGCCCGUCGCGAAGCCAAGCUGCGCGAACAGUUCCAGCGGGACCUGGCCGAGCAAAAGAAGAAGUCGAGCAAGAGCGCUGGUGGCAUGUUCAUGAAGAGCUUGGGUCUCGACGCACAGAAGCCAGGCAUGGUGCUCGGUGACCAGAACAUUUCCCAAGGCAUGUCCGAGGGCAAAAUGAUGAUCGACAUGUACCGCGACUUCAACAGGCAAAACUUCGAGCACCUCGACAAGCAGAUCAGAGAGAAUGGAGACCAAUGGCUCAAGGAGAUGGCAGAAGAAGAGAAGAAGAUGCAGGAUGCGCAGCUGAAGGACAUGAAGGCUGGCGCAUUCGGAUGGCUGGGUGGCGCCGCGCCUCAGACGGCGACGGUUCCUUCCGCAGCUUCAGCAACAGAGGCUGCAGCUGCAAACAGCACUGGAAUCUCGUCAGGAUCAGCGAGGUAA